GUUCCUUUCGGAGAAUCACAGCAGCAGUCCAGGGGCAGAAAGAAAGACAGGAAGAAAGUGAAGGCAAGCUCUUAACCUGCAACCUGAAAACUUCCCUCUCUCACACACCAGCAAGACUUUCCUGCAGAAGAAAGAAAAUAAAAGAAGACAGAAUUGCCUGCCUGCAAGAUUAAUCUAUUUUUGAGAACUACUUAUUAAGAACCAAGAAACCUCUGCAGGUGUGAAAAGCAAUCUGAUUCUUAAAACAACAUGACAACCCAAAUAGACACUAGCAUACAUUAUAACUAUGAGUAUGAAGAGGACGAGUAUAUGAACCAAGAGGAAGAAUGGGACAGGGACAUGCUCCUGGACCCUGCCUGGGAGAAACAGCAAAGAAAGACAUUUACAGCAUGGUGCAAUUCCCACCUACGGAAAGCAGGCACGCAGAUCGAGAACAUUGAAGAGGAUUUCAGGAAUGGCCUUAAACUGAUGUUGCUCUUGGAGGUCAUUUCAGGAGAAAGACUUCCAAAGCCAGACAGAGGAAAGAUGCGUUUCCAUAAAAUCGCAAAUGUCAACAAAGCCCUGGAUUUUAUAGCUAGCAAAGGUGUCAAACUUGUCUCAAUUGGUGCAGAAGAAAUUGUAGAUGGCAAUGUGAAAAUGACCCUGGGCAUGAUCUGGACAAUCAUCCUUCGUUUUGCAAUUCAAGAUAUUUCAGUAGAAGAGACAUCUGCCAAAGAAGGACUGCUGCUGUGGUGCCAGAGGAAAACAGCACCGUACAGAAAUGUGAACAUUCAGAACUUCCAUCUGAGCUGGAAAGACGGCCUUGCCCUCUGUGCGCUUAUCCAUAGACACCGACCUGAUCUUAUUGAUUACUCCAAGCUAUCUAAGGAUGACCCACUGCGGAAUAUAAAUCUUGCCAUGGAAGUUGCUGAAAAGCAUUUGGAUAUCCCAAAGAUGUUGGACGCAGAAGAUAUUGUGAACACCCCCAAGCCUGAUGAGAGAGCUAUCAUGACUUAUGUUUCCUGCUUCUACCAUGCUUUUGCUGGAGCAGAGCAGGCGGAAACAGCAGCUAAUCGGAUUUGUAAGGUACUUGCUGUGAACCAAGAAAAUGAAAAGUUGAUGGAAGAAUAUGAAAGGCUAGCAAGUGAGCUUUUAGAAUGGAUUCGUCGCACAACUCCUUGGCUGGAAAACAGGACCCCAGAGAAUACUAUGGCGGCUAUGCAGAAGAAGUUAGAGGACUUCAGGGAUUAUCGCCGUAAACACAAGCCUCCCAAAGUCCAAGAAAAAUGUCAGCUGGAGAUCAAUUUCAAUACAUUGCAGACAAAACUGAGGAUCAGCAAUAGGCCAGCUUUCAUGCCAUCAGAAGGAAAGAUGGUUUCAGACAUUGCUAGCGCUUGGCAAAGACUUGAGCAGGCAGAGAAGGGCUACGAGGAAUGGCUACUGAAUGAAAUUCGAAGGCUUGAGCGACUCGAACAUUUGGCUGCCAAAUUUAGGCAAAAGGCUUCUUCACAUGAAACCUGGGCUUAUGGCAAAGAGCAGAUUCUGCAGCAAAAGGAUUAUGAAGCUGCGACUCUGACAGAGAUCCGUGCUUUGUUGAGGAAACAUGAGGCUUUUGAGAGUGACUUGGCUGCUCACCAGGACAGAGUGGAACAGAUCGCUGCCAUAGCCCAAGAGCUGAAUGAACUGGACUACCAUGAUGCUGCAAGUGUCAAUGAUCGGUGUCAGAAGAUAUGUGAUCAGUGGGACAGGCUGGGAACACUUACUCAGAAGAGGAGGGAAGCAUUGGAGAGGACAGAGAAAUUGUUGGAAACAAUUGACCAGCUUCACCUGGAGUUUGCUAAGAGAGCUGCUCCGUUUAACAACUGGAUGGAAGGUGCAUUGGAAGACUUGCAAGACAUGUUUAUUGUUCAUAGCAUAGAGGAGAUCCAGAGUUUGAUCACUGCCCACGAACAGUUUAAGGCCACUUUACCUGAGGCAGAUGGUGAAAGGCAAGCUAUUGUAUCAAUCCAUAAUGAAGUGGAAAAAGUGAUUAACAGUUACAGCCUCAGGAUAAGUCCUAACAACCCUUACUCCACUGUCACUCUGGAUGAGAUCCGUACCAAAUGGGAUAAGGUAAAACAGCUUGUCCCAGUAAGGGAUCAAUCGCUGCAAGAGGAGCUGGCCCGCCAGCAUGCAAAUGAACGCCUGCGCCGCCAGUUUGCUGCUCAGGCCAAUGUCAUUGGACCCUGGAUCCAAACCAAGAUGGAGGAAAUUGCCCGAAGCUCUGUUGACAUAGCAGGGCCAUUAGAGGACCAGAUGAACCAAUUAAAGCAGUUUGAGCACAAUAUCAUAAAUUACAAGCUUAAUAUUGACAAACUAGAAGGAGACCAUCAACUGAUUCAAGAAGCCCUGGUGUUCGAUAAUAAGCACACCAAUUAUACAAUGGAGCAUAUUCGUGUUGGAUGGGAGCUGUUACUGACCACCAUUGCCCGAACGAUCAAUGAAGUUGAGAAUCAGAUUCUUACAAGAGAUGCCAAAGGAAUCACCCAGCAACAAAUGAAUGAAUUCAGAGCAUCAUUUAAUCACUUUGACAGGAAGAAGAAUGGGCUCAUGGACCAUGAUGACUUCAGAGCCUGCUUAAUUUCCAUGGGCUAUGAUCUGGGAGAAGCUGAGUUUGCCCGAAUCAUGUCCUUAGUUGAUCCCAACGGUCAGGGAACAGUCUCCUUCCAAUCUUUUAUUGACUUCAUGACCAGAGAGACUGCAGACACUGACACUGCUGAACAAGUUAUAGCUUCUUUCAAAAUCCUGGCUUCAGAUAAGCCUUAUAUUCUUGCCGAGGAGCUGCUUCGAGAACUGCCACCUGAGCAAGCUCAGUACUGCAUCAAAAGAAUGCCAGCCUACAAAGGUCCAGCUGGUGUUCCUGGAGCUCUGGAUUAUACCUCAUUUUCAUCAGCAUUGUAUGGCGAAAGUGACCUGUAACGAGCAGCGGUCACCUUAGGCAUGUUUCCAGUUUGCUCAUUGAAAAGUGUGGCAAGCUGACUUCAAAAUAAGUUUAGCAGGUACAUUCAGUGAGGAACCAGUAUAUCAAAUAAAGUGUGCAGCAUUGAUAGUUUUUUACAUCGUUCAUAUGUAGUUUGUCAGCCUUCUAUACCGGUAGUUACCCACUGCAUUUGCCUAACGCCUUACUUGGUUGUAAUUUAAAUUUAAAAAAACAAAGCCUGUAGGAAGUAUUUCUCUCAGUGUCAAGUUAGGAAGCCUCAGGAAAAAGAUAAAAUAUUGAAACCUUUUGAAAGUUUAACCCAUUAAAACAUUAAAAUUCAUGAAAUGUUUUCCUUAAGAAUUAUCCACGCUUUAUGCAAGUCUUUCACAGUCUCCCCUCCAGGUGCCUGUUUUUUUUUCUUUGAUGCUGAAGUACUGCUCUCAUCUGUGGAGACCAGAUUUGGCACGCUUCUGCAGGCUAGAGUUGCAUAUAUGAGAGAAACAAGGAAAUGAAUCAAACCAAGAACAUACUACCUAAUAUCAUACGGAACUCUAAUGAAUUUAUUUAUUUUAAUGUGUAACUCUGUUUUUAAAUUUUGGUUUGGCUUUCUGUUGACAUAAAAGUCACGGAGCCUCAGGAGUUCUAUGUCAGCUGAUGGAUGAUAAGUUGUAGCCUUAACCUUAAAAGCAAUAGAUUAUAUUCAGCUAAGUCCUAUUCAGAGCACAGCCAUUAAAAUCAGCAGACAAGUUGCGGAAGUCCAUUUAUUUCAAUGGCUCUGCUCUGAGUAUGACUAAUAUUGGUUAUCACCUAAUACCUGGCUUUUACCUGGGCAGCUGAAAGGGCACAAAAUUAACAGGAUACUAUAAAGAAGCUCAACAUGUUUGUGUUAAAUUGUUUUGCUUUUUGCGGUGUUCAUUGUUCUGCUGCAUUUGUUCUUGAUUAACGCUGAAUGUCAGUUUUUACUCAGUUUUUUUUACCUUAGUACAGCAAUUGUAUGGCAGGUAACCAUUGGUAACCAUUGGUAACCAUUUGUCAUCUUAGAAGCCUAUAUAGAGCAAUAAACUUGAAUACUUGAAGCAGUCAUUGGGGGGGGGGAUGCAAUGCAAGCACUUAGAAGUAUCAGCAAAUGGCAAUGAACACCAUACAGCCCUGUAUUCUUAAAAUGUGCCUGUUAAAUAAAGCCUGCUUUUCAAACCUUAAAA